CAGGAAGUAAAGAAAAUGACAACUUCCAGGAUGAAUUGCGAAGAAACCACCUUCUUCGUUUGAAGAUGUCUAGGUUUGUCUCGUACAUCACCGGGAAUGAGGUUGAGCGGGGAAAAGAGACCUUCAAGUCUUAUUUAAUUGACGAGGAGGAAGAAGAGAACGACGAUGAACUUGACAAGCGAGCCUCAGCAUUUUUCCAGACAGAUCUUGCUCCACACAUGUUACCAGGUGAACGCCUGGUUACGGAGGCAGACAGCGUCCUGAGUUUCACACCCUUUACAGAGAAGAAAAAGGGCAUAUCAGGAAAGCUGUUUGUUACAAACUUCAAGGUUUCCUUCAUCACUGCAGACCGAUCCUCGUACGAAGGGCCAUCAGCCAAGAGACAGAGAAACAAACUGAUCAGAGACACAGACGUUCCUCUCACCAACAUCGAUGCCAUAUAUCAGGUUGCGUCUGGGAGGAGGAGAAAGCUGACAGCAGGAAUGACGGUUUCCAACAUCACAAAAUAUCUCGAGCUCCACUGCAAGGACUUCAGAGUACACACAUUCGGAUUCAAAUUUUCACCCAAAGACCAGAACAAAAAGCUUAUGAAUGCAGUCGUUCACCAUGCCUAUCCUUCAAAAUCCAACCUUCUGUUUGCUUUUGACUAUGGCAAGAGUUUACCAAAGGAAGAUUAUAUGUGUGAGACACCACUUUACGAAGACAUUUCUGACUGGGAUAUGGAAUUGAACAUGUGUAAAUGUACCAAGUGGAGGGUGACAGAGGUCAACAAGGGCUUUGACAUGUCUAUAAGUUUGCCAAAGCUAUUUGUGGUUCCCAGUGCGUUGUUUAACACUGACCUGAUGAAGGCGUCCGGUCACUACGUGGACGGCCGUAUUCCAGUGAGUACUUAA